AAUUCAUUACGUUACAGGUUUCUAAGUGAAAAUUUGCAUACGCCAUGUUCGACACAACUAAAUACUUUCCGCGCUCAGUUGAUUCCGAGCAUCCAUCCUUGUCGGAGCCUAGUGGGUCCUCGUCACAGGACCAUCCGGUAACCUACGACAUGGUCCAUAAUCUGGAGGGCAGAUCUCCUGAUCAGAGUGCCAUCGAAAUGGCAUCGGAAGCUGACGAUGCCACUUCAGCUCCCCAGUUAAUGAUUAUUUUUGAGGAAGGUGACAUCAACAGUGCACUGCACUUCCUAAUCGAGUCGGCCCAAAAUCCCUUUGCCUCCAAUGCGGUGGCUGUGGUUCUGGUUGAGGAGAAAAUCCGGGAGGAGAUCGUCGAGAGAAUCCUGCCCAAGCUACACCCCCUGAGUAAGAUUGUGGCCGAGCAUCCUAGUUAUCUGACAGCACUGGAGAAAUGCGAGACCUCCAACUUGAACGUAAUUAGGGCCUGCACUACUGAGGUGGCGCCCCCACUGGCCUCGCCCACUUUUGUUUGCGAGUGUACUCACGAUGUGCUGGGUAGUUACCCAACUGGGGUUGUGACAUUUCACACAUUCCGCAAUAACCAGGAGGCCAUUGCCAUAUGUCGACGGGAAUCACUGGCCUUCGCAUCCGUCUCCAUUUGGAACGAAACGCUCACGGGAUGCUACGAUCUCGUAGUGGCGCUCAGCUCAUCCUAUUUCUUUCUGAAUUGCGCGAACGUGGACGUGUCACCAGUUUCAAGUCAGCUUAAGGCCCAGAAAAACUACGUGGCAAUUGAAAACGGCUUUCACUUCGAAGCCCUACGCAUCUAUGACAACUUUAAAUGCAUCGUAUUUCCCAUUGGUGGACUAAUCUUGCCACGCAUCGAAGAUCGCAAGAGGAUCGAGGAGGAGCACCAAGCUAUCUCCUUCUUAGAAGCUUAGUAUUGGAGUA